AUGGCCGAGCCUGGAGCACCAAAGACUUCGGUAGAGUUCAAGGUGGUGGUGCUGGGAGACAAAGGGGUGGGCAAGACGUGCCUCGUGCUGAGGUUCAUCGAAGGCUACUUCGCACCCAAGCAGCAGAGCACCAUCGGCGCCUUCUUUCUGACCAAGCAGAUCACGGCAACCGACGGUACAAUUUGCAAGAUGCAGAUCUGGGAUACGGCGGGGCAAGAGCGGUUCCGCGCGAUGGCCCCCCUGUACUACCGCAACGCGGCGGUGGCGGUGGUAUGUUUUGACAUCAUGGACGAGGAGUCCUUCCAGAAGAUGAAGGACUGGGUGGAGGAGCUGCGAACGAACGUUCCAGAAGGAAAGCUUGUCCUUGCCAUCGCAUGCACAAAGACGGACAUGGAGAGCAAACGAGUAGUCUCGCGAGCUAGAGCGGAGCACUUCGCGACGGAAGUGGGGGGAAUUAUUUGCGAAACGAGUGCGAAGGAGAACUGGGGCGUCAACGAGCUUUUCGCGAGGGUUUGCGAUCGAGCGAUGGAAACGAGGGGUCCUGAACUCCGAGGCCAGGCGUCAGGGGGGGCAGCGGGGACGGGGGGGCGGAAGAGCAAGUUCGGUCUCUCUCCCGCCGCACAUGCCGCAGGUUUUGGAGGAGAUACCGGGGCGGAAAGCGGGGGCGGCUGUUGUGGCUGA